ACGCGGAUCUGGUCCAACGCGAGAGCGACUUCUCUCUUCCCGAGUCCGCCUGUCGUUUCGCAGCGGCCAAACCUCAGAAACUGGCGCCGCCUACCGCCGCAUCUCCCGCCACCGGCCGGCGCCUCCCGCGCGCUCCCCACCUCCCCCUGACCCAGUCGCGUUAACUCCGCCUCCACCCCCGCGACCUCGUCUCCGGUCCCCGAGCCCGCGUGCCCCCAGUCCCAGGUCAAUCCCUAGAGGCAGAGCCCCCAGCCCAAGUAGCAACCCAAUGCUGUGCUCACAAUCCCAUCCUGUCACCUCCUCUUGCCCAGGUCAACCCUCACGCGCUGCUUCCGCUCCCAGCCCAUGACUCUCGUCGCUCUCUUCCUCCUCGUGCUCCUCACCCUCGCCGCCGGGCAGCCCAGUCUGCCCGUGCCGCCGUCGCAGCAGAAGCCUACCAACACCGACGCGGAGGCACUGGGUGCGGUAUUCCGGCUGUGGGGCCUGACGAUCAACGCGUCGGAGGGUGCGUGCCCGAGUCACGCCUGGCACGGCAAGCCCGGGGAGAAAGCGUCCGUCAACUGCAGCUGCUCCGCCGAGUGCCGCGUCACGCACCUGAAUGUGACAGGGUUCAGGAACAUCACGGUUAUCCCGCCGGAGCUCUUUAAUUUGACGGAGCUCGUCAGCCUGGAUUUGAGUAAUAACAACUUGAGUGGUCCAAUACCCCCAGAAGUUGCCAAUCUUUCCAAAUUGGAAACAUGGCACUUCAAUAAUAACCAACUCAGUGGAUCUUUUCCUUCUCAAUCUUCAAGUUUAAGAAAUCUUCAGUCCUUGUGGAUGUUUGAUAACUACAUCGAAGGGCCAGUUCCUCAGUUUAUUGAGAACUUAACCAAUCUCAUUGACUUGCGAAUGUAUGGGAUGAAACUUCAAGGACCUAUUCCACAAAAUUUCUCUAAUUUGACGAAUCUAGAAAUCCUGAUGCUUGGUGAUCUUGAGGGUGGACGAUCAUCUUUUAAUUUCAUAGCAAAUGGGUCAAACCUUUCAACGUUAUCUCUGAGAAAAUGUGGGAUCAGUGACCAGCUUUCUAGUACUCUCCCAAACUUGCCCAAGCUAAAAUACCUGGAUUUGAGAUUGAACAACUUACCAGGCCCAAUACAACCAUUGUCUAACUAUACGAACAAAACCUACCUAUAUUUAGGUGGAAACAACUUCAAUGGACCUCUUCCUCCUGAAUUUGUUCAAUCAUCACUUGCUUUGGAUGUUUCAUAUAAUCUUUUUCUUAAUGGAACCCUUCCUGGUCCGAAGAAGUCAAUAAAUUAUAUCAACACUUCAAUUGAUGCAAACAGCACAAUUGGCAGUGAAAAUCUUACUCUCCUCAACUGCCUUCGCACGAAAGAAUGCAACAGAAACAAUUAUACUAAUCAUGUAACUUCCUUCGCUAUAAACUGUGGUGGAAAGCUGCAUCAUUCAGAUCCACUGCGAACUGUAUUCGAUGAAGACUCCACUAAUCUUGGAGCAGCAGGCUUUCAUGUCAAUACUGUCAGUCAAUGGAUAGUUAGUCACGUGGGUUCUGAUCCUUUUAGUGAAUCUCCUGGUAUUGUGAAUACAAGUUCUAAUCCGAUAGCAAACUUGUCAGAGCUCUACCAAACAGCAAGAACAUCAACAAGUGCGUUGUGGUACUAUCUUGUGGGUUUGGCUAAUGGGAAAUAUAUAGUCCAACUCUUCUUUGCAGAGAUAGUCAUAGUUGAUGGACCAGGCAGGCGUUUAUUUAACAUCGAUAUUCAGGGUCAAAAUAUCAAGAAAGAUUUUGACAUAACUAACGAAGCAGGGGGUUCUAGAAUACCCAUGAACAUAACCCAUGAAGCGAUCGCAGACAACUCGACAUUGGAAAUACAUCUGUAUUGGAGUGGGCGGGGCACAUGUUGUAUUCCAUAUGAUGGAGCUUACGGGCCACUGGUGUCAGCAAUAAAAGUUUUCCCUUACCAAGAGCUGAAUAUCCCUCCCCCACAAGCACCACCACAUUCAACACGACAGGAUGAAAAGCGACAAGGAGUGGUUGCAGGCAUUGCAGCUCUUUGUAUAGCUGCUGCGGUGAUAUCUUCAUCCAUCAUCUACCUUUGGUGGAAAUGGGUUUCACUUGUGAAGCGUCCAAUGGCAUGAGGAAUUCUGAUGUAUAUAGCUGAUUCUUCCUCCUGUUUCCUUGGCAUGUGAAUUAGCCUGGUAUUUGUGGUUUAUGUGUGCUGGGCAUGGUUGCGAGCCUAACUACAGGAAGACAUCGAUGUACAGUUCACUUUGUGAUCAAGAUCUUCUUUAGGUCUAUAGCUUUGUUUCUCUAUCGAUUGUAACCCAGGAAGUUAUCUUAAGACUUUCUGCUACCAAUAAUUUUUAUUUGUUUGUUGAUGAAA